GACCCUCGGUGCUUACCGUCGUUUCUGACAACAUAACGAUGGCCGCUUCAACCAGCAGUAAAGGACCAGAACUAUCUAAAGCUGAGUACCUAAAACGUUAUUUAUCCGCUGACGGAGAUGGCAAAAAGUCAAAGGCGAAACUUAAAAAGAAACGGCGUAAAAUGCCCGAGAAAGGACUUAUAAUAGUAGACGAUGACAUAGACUGGAGACAGAUGGCCAUAGAGGAAAAUGAGAAUGAAGAGGACGAAGAGGAAGCUCCAGUGAUUGCUGAGGUGAUUGACGAUCGACCAGACGAAGUGAAGCAACUGGAAGCCUUCAGAACUAGCGAUAGAUGGAAAGUAAUCGGAGCUGACGAAAUUGAAGAUCAAGAAGAUGUGGAAGGCAGCGACCUUCAAAAUCCAGAGCCUGUGGAAUCGAGCAGGAGUCGCCAUGACUCUCCAGACACAUCCCCACCUCGAAGAGGUCGCCAUGACUCUCCAGAUGCAUCCCCCUCUGGGAGAGAUCAUCAUGACUCUCCAGACAUGUCGCCUCAUAGGCAACGGAAAAGUAAAGAGGAGAACGAUUCAUCCCCUGCCAGAAGAAAGCCCAUUAAAAAUCGUUCACCUAAUUCUCAACGGUCACCACUGGCAAAGAGGGCUCAGAACAGGCAUGAUUCAGACCUUGACCAGUCUCCUCCACGGAAAAAGACCCAAAAGGGAGAAGCUUCAGACUCCGACCAAUCUCCUCCAAGGAGGCAAUCCAAAACAAAACAAGGCUCUGAUUCCGACCAGUCGCCACCCAGGAGGCGGCCACGAAAUGGAAAGAACUUGGAUGAAGAUCUGUCACCACCUCGUAGACCUGGCCAGUCACAGGGUCCGAGGAUGCUUUCUGGUGGGAAGGCAGGUCUGGUUUCUGCAGAUGUUUUAAGGAAGGAACAGGAGGAGAACCGUCGCAGAGAGAAAAAAAACAAGCCAUUAGAAGAUGAAUCCCGCAAUGCCCAGACGGUGUUCCGAGACAAAACUGGUAAAAAGAGAGAUUUGGAAACUGAGCGAGAAGAAAAGAAGAGAAAAGAUGGUGAAAAAGCAGCAAAGGAUGAGAAAUAUGCCCAGUGGGGUAAAGGAAUGGCACAGGGCCAGAUGCAUCAGCAGAAACUUGAGGAUGCAGUUCAUGAAGCCCAGAAGCCUCUGGCACGUCACUGCAAUGAUGAGGAUCUUGACCGCAUGUUGAGAGAGCAACAAAGGGAGGGCGAUCCAAUGGCUGCGAUGCUCAGACGGAAAAAGGAACGCAAUACGACACAAGACAAACCUCGAUAUAAAGGCCCUCCACCCCCUCCAAACCGCUUCAAUAUUCUACCAGGCUAUCGCUGGGAUGGAGUUGACAGGUCAACUGGUUUUGAAAAGAAACGCUACUCUCGAAUGGCAGAUAAAAAGGCCGUCCAGGAGGAAGCCUAUAAAUGGAGCGUGGAGGACAUGUAAUGGCAAUAGGAAUGGCUCAUCCAUAGAAUUAGAAUAUCUAAUCAAUGCUGGGAAAGCAACUGCAGAUUAGACACAUCUACUCAACAAAACUGAUAUUUUGAAAUAGACAGAACAAUUCUGUUUGAUACCGUACAGUGGACUUCAGACUACAACAAAGUGAUUAACUAUAAUUGUACAUAGCAGCGAAGUAACAUCAUCUUGAUUAUUUUGUAAUAACUGAGUCAAUGUGUUUCACUGUUUUAUUAAAUAAUGUUUUUGUAAAGAACA